GUCAACCCCAACAUUUGUCAAUAAACUGACCAGAAACCCGCGGAUAUGACUGAAAAGCGCGCCCUGGUUACUGGCGCCACUGGGCUCCUCGGACGUGAGGUUGCCAAGGCCUUCCAAUUCAAGCAAGGCUGGGUCGUGACGGGAACGGCCUUUUCGCGUGCUGAUGGCGUGUCCACGCUGAAAGCUGACCUGGCCAAUGAGGCCGAAGUUGAAAAGGUGCUUGAUCAGGUCAAGCCUCAUGUGGUUGUGCAUUGUGCCGCCAACAGAUUCCCAGACAAGGUGGACCAGGACCCUGAAGGCACGCGACGACUCAACGUGGCCGCGACGGCUUCGCUGGCUCGUCUCUGCGCGGCCAGGGAUGUGGUGCUCAUCUACAUCUCUACAGACUACGUCUUCUCUGGCCGGCCCGGUGAGGCGCCGUAUUCGGCGGACGCGGCAACGGGUCCCACGAACCUUUACGGCCAGACCAAGCUCGAUGGUGAAAAGGCAGUCCUCGAAGAGAUGGCGGCCAAGGGACGUGGCGUGGUUAUGAGGGUACCGGUUCUAUACGGACACGCCGAGACCCCCAACGAGAGCGCCGUAAACGUCCUCAUGGAUGCGGUCUGGAAAGCCCAGGAGGCCGAGACCAAGAUCAAAAUGGACCACUGGGCCAUCAGGUAUCCUACCAACACGGAGGAUGUCGGGCGGGUCUGCGCUGACGUUGCGGAGAAAUACGUUGAGGCUCAAGACGCAAAGUCGUUACCGACAGUGCUUCAGUUCUCUAGCGAAGACAAGCUCACCAAGUACGAGAUUUGCCAGUUGUUUGGGGAGAUUAUGGGUCUUAGCAUCGAUGGGAUCGAGGCAAACACGCAGGGAAAUGAUCCCAACGCGUCGGUCCAAAGACCGUAUGACUGUCACCUAAGCACAAAGGAACUCAAGGAUCUGGGGAUUGACGUUUCGACUCAAAACUUUGGCGACUGGUGGAGACGCGAGGUGAAGGCCUUUAGGAAGUGAGUUGCAAGUGGCUGUAGGAUGGCAAGGUAUUUGGCCAUCUCGAAAUGCCACCUCGAGAAAUGUCACCGCAAAUCAAUAUUUUGGUCAAGCAUUCUGUGCAGAUCAAGUUCCAAACAAAGACAGACGCGGAGUGAAAUGGCUCUUCCUUUGAGGUAAAGUGUUCCGGUAUGGUAUGGUAUCUCUAUCCGAGGGGGCUGAUGAUUUUCUUGGCCAGACGCCAAAGGAAAUCUAGAAUUCGGCGGAGAUUUGUUCCCAGGUGCUGAACAGGUGGCGCGACUAGCUCGCCGAAUGGCUUUGAUCCAUGCCAAGCAAGUUGGAAAUAUCUACGGGCUUGCGAAAGGGAUCGAUAUUAAUCUUUGAGUCUUUGAAUAUUUUUACCUUUUCUAAUGGACCUUCAAAGUCAUACCUAUUUAAUACUGACAAUCUUGUGAAUUAGUCUAGACCAUGA